AUGCCUGUACUCGGGUUUGAUUCUCUAUCCGAUCUUACUCAUGAAGUACUUUUAACCGUUCAUAAAUUUGAGGAUCCUGAAAGGUUUCUAGAUGUUAAUGGAAACGAUAUGAAAAAUGGUACUUUUAUUUACUUGCCUACUCAGAAUCUGAGUCAAACAAGGAAAGGUGUGAACGUCUCUGAAAUGGUAAAAAGUGCCAUGGAAAGUCAUGAACACUCAAAACGCUGUGAACGAUUACUUACACACUUUUUUUUGGCUUUUGAAAAGUGUAAAAGCAGACCAAUUUUCGGACCAUUUAUUUUCUUCGUCCUGUAUCUGAGGCUACACGUUACUCUCAUUUUUGAAAUUAUAUCUUGGAGCAUCCGGGCAGGCUGCCAGUGGGCAUCUGCUCCCUGUUUUUAA